AUGCAGGCUAUUGUGCAACUACUCCGUAGCGUAAACUCGUGCCAAAAAUCGAAUCGCAACCGUUCGCCCAAACGUGACCCUCCCCUCGCCCUCGCUUUCCUUUCCCAUGCUUCCGCUCUCUUUCGCCCGCGUCGUCGCCAUCGCUUCCGCAGCUCGUCGCGUGCCCGUCGCCUUCGCUCCGCCCGUCGCCUUCACUUCUCCCCCGUCGCCUUCACUUCUCCCCCGUCGCCUUCACUCCCCCCCCUCUUCCGUUGCCUUCAUUUCCCCCUCCCGUCGCCUUCACUUCCCUCUCCUGUCGCCUUCACUUCCCCCUCCCAUCGCCUUCAAUUCCCCCUCCCGUCGCCUUCAUUUCCCCCUCCCGUCGCCUUCAUUUCCCCCUCCCGUCGCCUUCAUUUCCCCCUCCCGUCGCCUUCACUUCCCCCUCCCGUCGCCUUCACUUCCCCCUCCCGUGGCCUUCACUUCCCCCUCCCGUCACACUCGCUUCCCCACCCGUCACCUUCACUUCCCCUCCCAUUGCCUUUCACUUUCUCCUGCUCAAUCUCUUUCCCCCUGCUCACUCUCUUCCCCCCUGCUCACUCUCUUUCCCCCUGCUCACUCUCUUCCCCCCUGCUCACUCUCUUCCCCCCUGCUCACUCGCUUCCCCCCUCCUCAAUCUCUUCCCCCCUGCUCACUCUCUUCCCACUCUCUUCCCCCCUGCUCACUCUCUUCCCCCUUGCUCACUCUCUUCCCCCCUGCUCACUCUCUUCCCCCGUGCUCACUCGCUUCCCCCCUCCUCAAUCUCUUUCCCCCUGCUCACUCGCUUCUCCCCUCCUCAUUCUCUUUCCCUCUGCUCACUCCCCUUGUUCUAACCCCACUUUCCCCAUUUCUCACCCAUUUUCCCCCUUCACGCUCUAUUACCCCCUCUACUCGCCCCUGUUUUCCCAACUCACGCCUAUACUCACUCUCUCCCCCCCUGCUCACUCUCUUCCCCCCCCUGCUCACUCUCUUUCCCCUUGCUCACUCUCUUUCCCCCCUUCUCACUCUCUUUCCCCCUUCACGCUCUCUUUCCUUCCCUUCCGCCCGUUGCCCCCCUUCGUCUCGCGCUCGUCCUCUCGCAAUCCCCGUCUCUCUCCCCCCCCGUCGCCCUCCCUUCCACUCCUCGUUGCCUUCGCCAUCCCUCCCUUCUCCCUUCCCAUCUCUCACACUUGUCACGCCCCCUUUCCAACCCGCACAUAUACCCUUCCCUUCUUCCCUGUUUCCUCGUAUCCCCUGCGCUGCUUCCCCCCAUCCUCCGACUUGCUCCCCCCAUCCCCUUCCCUACUUUCCCCCAACCCCUUCCCUGCUCCCCCCCAUCCCCUUCCCUGCUUUCCCCCUUCCCCUUCCCUGCUUCCCCCCGUCCCCUUCCCUCCUUCCCCCCUCCCCCUCCCAGCAUCCCCUCAUCCGCUUCCCUGCUCACCCCCAUCCCCUUCCCUGCUCCCCCCCAUCCCCUUCCCUGCUUCCCCCUAUCUCCUUCCCUGCUUCCCCCUAUCGCCUUCCCUGCUCACCCCUGCUCCUUCUGUUUCACCCUUGCUCCCUCCCCUUCUUCUCUGCUCACUCUCUUCCCCCUUGCUCACUCUCUUUACUUGUGCUCACUUUGUUCCCCCAUACUUCCUCUCUUCCCCUCUGUUCAAUCUGUCCCCCGCUGCUUCUUCUCUUCCCCUCUGCUCAUUCCGUUUACUGUCUUUCCCCCUUCACUCAUCCCCAUACCCCCCAAUGCAGUUACAGAUGAGGGAUGGGGAGAUGAAGGAUGAGGAGAUGAGGGAUGGGGAGGUGUGGGAUGGGGAGGAGAGGGCUGGGGAGGAGAGGGAUGGGGAGGUGAGGGAUGAGGAGGUGAGGGAUGGGGAGAUGAGGGAAGGGGAGAUGAGGAAUGGGGAGAUGAGGAAUGGGGAGAUGAGGGAAGGGGUAAUGAAUGAACGUGUAUGCGACGGAAGGGUGCUGCUGACCACGCACCCUCCCACGCCCCACGCGAUGGGAAGGGAUGAGAGGGUGGGCGGCAUGGGUAGAGAAGCGAUGGUGAAUAGGGGGAACGUGAUGGGCAUGGGAGGGAUGACGACGUGGAGAGAGGAGGAGAGAAGGGAGGUCGGCGGGAAGGCUAAGCGAGGACGAUGGGAGGGCAAGCGUGGGCGACAGUGGCGGUGGGCGACGGUGGCGGUGGGCGACGGUGGCGGUGGGCGACGGUGGGGAGAAGCGUGGGCGGCGGUGGGGGGAAGCGUGGGCGACAGUGGGGGGAAGCGUGGGCGACGGUGGGGGGAAGCGUGGGCGACGGUGGGGGGAAGCUUGGGUGACGGUGGGGGGAAGCGUGGGCGACAGUGGGGGGAAGCGGGGGCGACGGUGGGGGGAAGCGUGGGUGACAGUGGGGGGAAGCGUGGGCGACGGUGGGGGGAAGCGUGGGCGACGGUGGGGGGAAGCGUGGGUGACGGUGGGGGGAAGCGUGGGCGACGCUAUGGCAACUGCACCCCGACCCUAUGCGCAUUACAUAGGAAACAGCGAGCCCUUCGCAUGAAGGAGGCCGAGCCGUCGCCGCUUCCCGUGGGCAUCCUGAGCUACCGUAAGCGGAAAACAAUGUCGUCAGGCGCGUCGCAACCAGCCGCACAGCAACCAGCCAGCGACGCCGGUGCGACUCAUGGCUCGCUCUUGAAUUUCAUCAGCAGUUUCAUCCCACUCGCCUCCGAUCCCGCCAAACGGCAACGGCUACAUCCUGCCGCGACCUCCCUCUCUCGCGCCGCGGCUGGCUUCGGCAGUCGAGAAGGCGUUCCUGCCGGAUCAUUUCCUCACGGCUUUCACGCCUUGGACGGAGGAACCAACAUGCCAGCGUGGCAGGAUGCUGACGCUGGCAAGGUAACUGAGGCGGGAAAGGGUCAGGAGAAAGGGGAGGAGGAGGAAGAGGAGGGGGAGGAGGAAGAAGGGGAAGAGGGACGGCAGGAGGCUGGGAGAAGCGUGUCACGGGCCGUGUACAUAGAACCCGUGGGCCCGCGUCAAAGCCUCUUACCCAUGGCCGCGCAGUCUCUUGUUCAGCGGCUGAUGCCACGUGGCAUGAACGGGCCGGUGCGGCGGUCGCCGCAGUCCAAGCGGGUCGCUCUCGCGUCGCCUGGUGGAGCCGCGCAGCAACCGCGCGCGCACGCGAUUAUGCAGUCGCAGCCGCAGGAUCGGCGGCAGGCUCUCGCGCACGCGCUUGCGUCGUCUCAUGCGCUGGCGCCGUCUCAUCCGCAGGCGCAUCCGCAGGCGUUGUUGUCGUUGUCACUCGGUGGAGCUAUGGAUUCGGACAGGCGGGGUGGGGCUGUGCAGAUCAUUUCGAGCCCAUGGCAGUUAGACGAUGGAGGAAAAGAAGCAGCAGCAGCAGCCGCAGCAGGUGGAACGGCCGCAGUGCCGAGAUUGUUCCAAUCCCCAGGGCGAAAGGAUCGGUGGACCGCGACGCUUGGCAGGAAGAAGCGGAGGGAGUCGGGGGUGAGUGGGUCUGGGAGGAACGCGGUUGCUUCACCUGCACGAGCAGCAGCCGCCCGAAUAGCACGAGCACGCGCAGCAGCAGGAGGAGGUGGAGUAGGAGGAUCAUCACGGGCGUCGGAGGAGGCAGCUGCAAGGGCGGUGACGGGCGCAUGGAUUGGGGUGUCGCGGAAGGUGGUGGGCGCGCGAUGGCAGCAGCAGAUGGCGGAGUAUAAGCGGUUGGCGGAGCGGGGCGCGCACAUGACCCCGGGGGAGAUGGAGCAGCAGAGGCAGCGGUUUGAGGGGAGGUCGGGGCUAGGCGCUCUGCUUGCCACGGCUCCGCGCCAUAACGGAGGGGUCGCUGGAAAGCCUUCGCAAGCCGAGCAAGCGGAACCAGUUGAUUGGGAGGAGGGAGAGGAGGGCGAGGAGGGAGGGGACGCUUGCGAAGAAGCGGUGUUUGGCGUUGCACCUAUAUUACCUGCAGCAGCAGGGGCAGCAGCAGGAGCAGCAGCAAUAACCCCUGCCUCUGGCGCGGCCGCUGCCGCCAUUGCCCGUGCCCCUGCUCCUGCCAUCGGCGCCACUGCUGCUGUGAUUGAUGCAAGUGUGGGAGCAGCGGCAGGCGCCGACCCCUCCGCUCUGGCCUCCUCCGCGCAAGCUGCUCUCGCGACAGUAUCGACCUCUGAGCGCCUGCGCGCGGAGCGAAAUCGGAUCCAGCAGGAGUGGAAGCUGCGUACGCGGGAGAAGGAGCGGCAGCAUGAGGAGAAAAAGGCGCAGAUGGAGGAGGUAGAGAGGGAGUUUUUGCGGAUGGAAAUGGAGAGGAAGGACACGAGGGGGCGCGUGCAGGAGCGCAGAGCAGCAGCGGAGGAGCUACAGCGCGCCAAGGCGAAGCCUGUGGUGCGAGUGUUAUCAGAGGAGGAGGAGAAGCAAGUGAAGCGCGCCUUCCAAGGGGGACACAGUGGGGAGGAGCUUGCUUUCCACGAGGGGGCGAACAUCAUAGUCACACGCAACCACAUGCGCUGCCUCAUGCCAGGGGGGUGGCUCAACGACGAGGUGAUCAACAUGUACUUAGAGCUGCUCAAGGACAGAGAGAGGCGCACACAGCAGCCCGGCAGCAGCAACAGCAAGGGCCGCAUGCCCGUGUGCCACUUCUUCAAUACCUUCUUCUACGCGCGGCUCACGGGCACGCGGCAGUACCUCUACAACUCAAUACGUCGCUGGACCACACCCAAGCGCCUCGGCUACUCACUCGUUGACUGUGACAAGAUCAUAGUGCCGGUACACCAAGGCGUGCACUGGGUGCUGGCCGUCAUUGCACCGCGGGACAAGCGCCUCAUCUUCCUCGACUCGCUGCACGGCCAGGACCGCACGUGCCUUGAGAACCUGGCGCGCUACUAUGCGGACGAGGUGAAGGACAAGACAGGCAAGGUGGUGGACACGAGUGGGUGGGAGCGCUGCUUCCCACGGAAAAUCCCCCAGCAGAUGAACACGUGGGACUGCGGGGUGUUCAUGCUCAUGUUUGCAGAGUGUGAGGCGCGGGCCAUGGGCUCUCACUACAACUUCUCCCAGAAGGACAUGGAAUACUUCCGAAAGCGUAUUGUGCUCGAUCUCAUGAGGAAGCACGUGGACUGA